UUAAUGACAUGAUGCAGGGUUCACAUUGAUAAGUUCACUUGUACUUGGGCAAGGUUAGCUUGGUUGAAUAAAUGUUGGUUGUUGUUUAAACUCCCCUGGUGUUGUUUCACCUUAAUUCUGACAAAGGAAAUCCAUGAACCUGAGUUGCUCCAGCCUUGGGAUGCAACAGGGCCAUGCCAGGUUGCUCAGAGCAAUGUGACAGAUGGCACAAGGCCAGUAUUCUGCAAACCAAGGUAGCUCUGGCAGCUGCAAAUAAUUUUUGUGUCAUUUGGUGCUGUACAUAUUUCAAAUCGUGAGAUCAGUGUGGUGUCAGUGCGUUGUCCCUCCCUAGUUGUGUCGUCUUCGUGAGGAAGAAGUGGCUCUUCAUGUAAUCCACACUUUCCAAUGCAGAAUUACGGAUUUCUUAAAGUACUUUCCCUGAGUGGACAUACGUUUUGGUGUCUUACCAAAGACUACAUGUUUUUUCCUUGUUUUGAAUUUGAGAAUUCAAGUUUUCUUUUCAAAGUGUAAUGCUUUGUUCUUGUCUUCAUUGAAUUUCACCUCACUGUUUUGAGGCUAUUUAGCAAAGUUAAACCUCUGUUCAAAUCUUUGCCUCUGAAGUGUGGUACUGUCCAACUUGGUGUUAUUUGCAAAAGUUUGAAGACAAAGGUCAAUUCCACCAUUCAAGUCACUAAUUAAAGUAAUCAAUCCUAGCAGACAGAUCAGAUCUCUUAAUUUGGUAUAACUUCCUAUUGACAGGAAAAUAUCCACAGCUACAGUUUGGGAGUUGCUUUCUGAUCCCCCCUCUCAUGUUAAUACAAGCUGAGACUUAUUUGCCUUUAUGAGAGUGAUGUUCAAGGCAAUGUCAAAAGCCCUACCAAAGUCAAAAUAUGUUUAAUCUAUUCCUUUCAGCACCUGCUAAGUCUGUUAUCUCAGCAAGGAGAUAAAUUAGGUUACUUUGACAUGAUUUGUUCUGAACAAAUGCACACUGCCUGUUUCUCAUCACUUUAUUGUUAUUUAGUUGCUUGCACACUGAUUGCCAAACAACUUGUUUCAUUAUCUUUCCAGAUAACAAAUGGGGGUUGGCUGAUUUAUAACUCAUCACUCAGCCCCUUUGAUAAAGAAGGGUGGCCCCUUUUCACUUCUACCUGGAUCUGGUUCUUGAAUGGCAGCAUGUGUUUUGGAAGAAAGAAUUAGUCCCUGUAAGAGACAAGAUGCUGAUCCAGACAGACCAUGGGUCUGGGUCAGUGGAAGUAGUCUGAUAUUCUUGUAUGUGCCACAGUACUCUAGCGUCAGGGGCCAGUGAGGGCCAGCUGCUCCCUAAGGUUUUGGGGCUUUUUUUGGUUUUGGUUUUAGGUUUGCAGGUUUUUUGGUUUGGGUUUUGUUUUUUUUUUUUGCUAUAGCACAGAAGUAGAAAAUCUCAUUGCUAUUGGGGAAAAAAACACAGUAAAGAAAUGACAUUUCUCCUAGUAACCAGGGCUGCAAAACCAUCUAGGAUAGAGGAAAGAUCUUAAUUACAAAUGAAUUCCCCAAAUCAUACUAGCUUGGAAGGGGAAAGAGUAUAAAUGUAUAACAAACCAAAUUGUUUGGAAACCUGAUGGUUUAAAUCACUGCUGUUGGAAUAUGUAGUCUCCAUCUUAUGUAAGCUCCACUGCGAGUUAAUAGAUACUGUAGAUGCUCAGCUGGCUUCUGCAGAGAUAACGCAACAUUUUCAGACUCUGCUGUAAACGCAGUGUGAAGAACAACAAGAACUGCAAGGUAGACAGGCUUUUAAGGCGUCUGAUAGAACCUGCCCCCCAUUUUCUUGUAGGGGGGUGAAGUGUUUGAGAAUAGGCUGGUUGAAUGAGAAGUGUCUCUGGCUUGUAUUAUAUUUGCUUGUAUUAGGUAUUUAACAUUUAUAUUUGAUUGUAAUUAAUAACAGUAGAGAGGUUUAGGAGGUUUCACAGUGGAUGACGUAUUGAUCUAAUUGUGCCUUUAUCUCUUCAUUCUUCAGUAGACUGUGUUCUUUCAGACAAUUUAAAGCCGUGUUAGGAGAGAAUUCCAGAUGCACCCUUGAUUUAUACUUUUGGAUGCAAAACUUGCCCAUGUGCCUAGGAUAAAGGAUUUGUUUUACCACAGGCUGAAAUCUGAUGUUCAGUUUCAGGUUGCGUAUGGUAUCUAUGUUUAGUGCCUAGAUGGAAACUCAAGUUCAGAUGCAACCUCCAGUAUGAAAAAAAAGACUUAGCCACAUUUGCAGCACUUCAGCAGAGGCAAUUGCUGAUAGUAUUUCUCUGUCACUUUUUUCCUCCCCUCAUAAUUUCAAUCUUCUUUUUCUUUUUGUAUCACAUGCAACACAAUUCCUUCCCUCAGCACAUUAACCAUUACCAUCUGCACCUUCACAUGAAUCUUUUUACAGUGAUGUUGGUAAAGCCAGAAUUAGAUUUGUGAGGACCUUAAGCACCAGGAAAUCUUGGUGAAUGGGAAUUUUUCUCUUUAAGAAAGGAAGGAGUUUUGAAUGAAAGGCUGAUAAACCCUAUGUCUUCACUUUCCAACUCCCACUGACAAAAUAUUAAGCUCACACUGUAAUAUAAAAUAUUAACUCUAACCCUUCAGAGUAGUUUACAUCUUGCCUCUGCAUGUGUGACAGGGAAGUGGCAUAUUCAUGGAGUCAGUCUGUAAGAAAUAUAUUGCACUCCUGUGUAAGCUAAAUGACUUGUUUGAGAACAGCCUGUUGCUUUGUGGAAGCUAGAAAUUCCUAGUGGGUAGGGAAGUACACCGUUCCUUAGUGGCACAGCUAAUGAGAUCUGUUUGUUGAAACACAGUCAAGGGCGACUCUUUGAUUUGAUGUCGCCUUAAUGUAAUAAUUUGUGUGACAUUCUGCUCUUAAUCACCCAUAAUAGGAUCUGAAAUACAUUAUUGCAUGGGGAAAUUCGCAAAGCUUCCUCAGAGGGACAUUGAGACAUGGCUUGGGAGGGUAUUUGCAGCGAGGACAGAUAUUAGUGAAAUGAGCGAGUAGGAAAAUUAAGGUGAGAGGUGGAAAACAUGGUAGAGUGACAUUGCUAGGGGCAGCUCGUGUGGAUUUUCCCUGUGAAGUAUAAAGAGCCCCCUCCACACAAGGCUGGAGCCGCCAAGGCACUGCCCUUCUUGGGGGGGCUGUUGUUCUCUGCACCCCUGAGGUGCCACCCGGGGGUGGGCAGGGGCAGAGGCUGCACCCUGACAGAAAACCCAAGAGAGAGAAGGAGCCGCGAGGCACCGGCGAUAACCUACCCCCGUGAAAGGGAAACCCGGCGUGAGGUGAGGGUGAACGAGGCGGGGAUGUUUCACCGCGGAGGGCGGCGGUGGUAAUUUGGGGGGCCCCGGGGGGGGGGGGAAGCCGGGGCGGGAAGAGCGUUUACCGCCUGACGGCCCUUAGGGCGGGAAGGGAGAAACGGCUCCGUCCCCAUGGCAACGGCGGGUGGGCGGGGAGGCGCGCGCGGCCCGCUCGAGCUUCCGCCUUCUUCCCGCCGCCCCGCGGGGGGGCGGCCAUGUCGCUGCUGAGGGGACCGCGGCCCCGCGGCCCCGGUAAGAAGAGCUCCAGAAAGGCGGCGACGGUUAAGCGGGACUGGGAUAAACUUGAAAAAAAAUCCAGUUCGUCCUCAGUUCUGGCUUUUGAUAUGUUCUCUGGCUCCUGUUUGCAGAGUACCGUCCAUGAUUUGUCAGUCCACCGUGCAACUCCUGAGGAUAUUCUGCGUCGCCAUGAAAUACACAAAUCAAAAAACAAAGCACUGGCCCAUCUAGAACUGCAAGAGAAAGCACUGAAAAGAAAAUGGAAGAAGCAAAAACAACUGGUUGGUGAUUCCUUGGAGAAAAGGAAGUUGACUCUGAUGCGUGAGAUUCUGUCUGAUCAAUACCAUUUGCAAGAUGUAUUGGAACGAUCUGAUCAGGUUAUGGCUGUGGCAAAAGACUUGUUUGGGGAUGCUCCUCGCACGCGAACAGGUUUCCCUAAUGUAACAAUGGCUCCUAACUGUGACCUAGAAUCAUCUCAAGGACCCAUUGUACAAAAAUGUGAUCCUUCCACUCAGCUUUCCAUCCUUAGUGAAUCUGUCAUGGAUUCCCAGGUUCUUAAUGAAGUGGAAGAGGAAGCAUUAUCAAUCUAUCAAUCAGAAGAUGGACACCAGGACUUUCUGAAUUUCAAAUCCAGCAUCAAUUCUGACAGGCUACUUCGGUUAUUGAGAGAAGAAAAUUCCUUGGUGAAUUCUCAGUUGUGGGCUGAAAAGGAUAUGAGAAAAACUACUUUAUCACAGGAAUCAAAUAUGCCUUUGACUCCAACAACUGUUUCUCCAUCAUUGGAUCAGUCAGCCCUCAAUGCUACAAAUGUAGUCAAGAGAAUCCAUUCAAGACUUCAGAAUGAAGACGAAGAAGAGGCUGUAGACUCCACUUACACUGUGAGACAAGUGCUGAACCCAAACUCGAGGAAACAAAAGCAAAUUGCAGCAAAAAUGAAAAGAAAACAAACUGCACAGAACUCUGCAAGACAGAGCAGAGAUGAUUCUCCAGCUAAUUCAAUCCCCACUGACCUUCGGAGGGACAACAAAUCCAGCCUAGAUAUUCUCAACCACAUGAUACGUGAAGUGGAGCAUGAAUUGGAGGAGUAUGAGCGAUGUACAGGUCGUGAGGUUCAAAAAACUGAGAGAAGUCAAGGCCUCACCGGGUUUACCUUGUCACUGGUGAAUGCUCUAUGUCGUUUGAUGCGCUACCUCAAAGAGAGUGAAAUGCAGCUGCGUGAGAAAGAGGUGAUGAGACAGCAGCAUGAGAAGAUGUUGAAUGAACACAGAGAACUGAUUGAUGCUCUGACUGCAGAAAUACUUCUAGUGAGGGAAGAAAACACUACUAUCCAGAAGAAGCUUCAGCAAUACAUGAUGGUAACAGAUGAACAGCUGAUCUCUCUCACACAAGCAUUUAAAGGCCUCCCUUUGGUAGAACCUAGAAGAGAACAAAGUCCAAACAAUUUUGGAAUUGCAAGCAAAGGCCCAGUGAACGGGCAAGAAGAACCUGAUUCGAGCUAUUUUGAGCCUAGUGCUGAUGCAUGCAAAAGGGAAGGUAUGAUGAAAUUCCCACAGGAAGAAAUUCCUCCCAAGUUUCCCCUGAGGCCAGGUGCCUCAGGUGGUGGCGGAGCUGGUAGAAGCUUGCCAGCCCACAUCUUCCAGCCAGCUGUGCUGUUGUCACCUCCCCGGCAGAAGAGCAGUCAGGAAUUGUCUCCACUCCAGAACGUGUUUACAGUCAUUUCUCAGUCUCCUGAAAACACUGAAAGAGAACCAUGCAAGGAAAGGAGCUCACCUUCUUCCCUGCAAACACAGAGCACAACUGAGGAAAACUGUCUCAUCUCUCGAAGGCAACCAGUUCCUCCUGCAGACAAAGACUUGGAGAGUUCCCAUGGGAAAAUCAGUCUGUCCUGCCCAGGUGACGCUAGAAAAAACAGCACAGCUAAAGAGUUAUUUCAAAACGGUGAUCUACUGGGACAGAUAGCUGAGCUUACACGGCAGAACUCCCUAAUUAAAGCUCAACUGAGCAAAUUCAGAGGCUUCUCUGAAGACACAAGUGACUGCCUACAUCAGCCAGACCCAAUACAAAAUGCAAAUCCUAAUCCAGACUCUUCACAAGGACAGACUCAUCUCAUGGUAUCAAAGAGCUUGGAGGAAAGAAUAGCAGAGCUGAAUCGUCAGAGUACAGAAGCACGUGAUAAACUGUUGCAGCUAAUAGACCAACAGAAAUUAGCUGCUGCUGAUGUGGUCCCUCCAAUGAUAUCUCCUGUUCUGUCCCCAUCCCUAAAUUAUACUGAAAAUGCAAGGAGGACAAUCAACGUGUCUAUUCCCAUGGCAGUUGCUAUGGACAGCUCCAAAGAAGAUAGUGUCUCCCCUGCCAGUAUGACCAGUAUAAGAAGGUCUGUAGGAGACUCUGGCAAACCUUGUUCACCCCUAAGUGCCUCAUCAGAAAGCGUGAAAUUAAUUCCUGUCAGCCAAAGGCCAAAGGUGGAAAAGCAAAAAGAAGAAGGCUGGUUUGCAUUGUCAAUGCACAUCAUGUAAAGGAAGCUGCACUCAAGUCCUGUAUUUUUUUAAAUUUUUUUUAUGAACCACAAUUAGAUCACAGUAGUCCCCCUCACCAGAUGUACGGUUUAACUCAAAAGUGCUUUCAUGUCAGUGCCAUUAGUAUAAAGAGGUCCAUAUGCUUAUUGUACUUGUGCCAUACCGAGCACUAUAGGAAGUCCUGGGAAUGAGUUUCUGAACUGGACACGCUGCUAUGACAUUAUACACUUUCAUCAAAUAAAUCUUUCACAAGACUGUAAACUCGGGCUGCUGUAGCAAUACAAAUGAGCAUCUGGUAUCUGAUUUAGAUACGUUGAAGACAGGAGGUGUUAGAAAUCGCAUGUGAAAUUUUCUGGAGUCUGUAUUCAUACAAGAUAUGGGAAUGAAAAAAAAUCAAGAAAAACUGAGAUGAGGGAAUGUACCUAUGUUCAAAAGCAACCUGGAGAUUAGGAAGCCAGUCUAUUCCUCCUGGAUAAGAACUUGCAUCAGAAAUAAUUUUUUCCUUCUGUGGUUUACAGUUGCUCCCAAAAGUUGUGUUUUCUGUGCAGUUAACAUAUUACAGUUACAUCUGGACUUCAGGAUUGCUUUUUAAAAAUCUCAUUUAGUAUUUUUAUAAUAAAUAUAAAGUGGCUAUUUGAAGUUGAAAUCUGAAUCUCUAUUUGCUAUGUACUAAAGUAUACUCUCUUAGAUACAAUAGAAAACUGUGAUAUGAGUACAGUUGUAUUAAGCUGUUUUGUUAUGUGUGUAUAUAAUACUCUAAUGACCAUGUUUUUAUAUUGUUUUUAUUUGAGUUUUAAAGUAGCCAUAAUUU